UCUUAAAAAAACGAAGAUUCAACUAUUUCCUUUAUCUUAAAAAAACGAAGAUUCAGAUGACGCUGCCGUGUGCUGGGACUGAAGACCGGUCCACGUCAUGUACUGGGAGUCUGGGACUGAUCACUGAAGACGCUUUUCCCGCUGCUCCCCACUCCGAUUCAAAAUUAAGCGGCGCGCGGCGGACAGGAAACAGAAAACCCCCAAAUCUUAUCCCCCGACCCCCCGCCAGCAAAAAAAACAUCAGGGAUGGCGGCGGAUCCGAGCGGGCGGCGGCCGCGGCACCACCCGGCGGUGAACGACAUCCUGUCCACGCUCGCCGACGCCAACGCCGCCCUCGCCGACGUGCAGGGACGCCUCGACCUCGAGUUCCGCGCCUCCUACCCCGACCAUGCCAACCCGGCGAAGCUGGUGGCGCGAUUGAAGCGAGUCCAGGAGGAGGUGGCCGCGCUCAAGGACCUCUGCCGCGACCUCCUCACCCAGAAGCAGGAGCUAAUCGACCGGAUCAGCGUGAGCCUGGUGUCGCAGCGCGGCACGACGCAGCGGCUGCUCGCCGCGUCCGGGCUGCCCCCCUUGUCCGACGCUGAUGAGGCCGCCCAGAACAGCCUCGAUCAGGUGAUCGACGAGUGGAUGGCGCACAUGAAACCCAUCGUAGGGGAGGACAAGAAACAAGAUGCGAACCAGAUCCUCUUCUCGACUGUUAUCUACUGAGAACAGCUUGAAUCUGGCCUGUGAAGAAGCCGCCUCAGUGCUUUGGUACAGUUUGCGUCAAGAUGUCCAUAACAACAAUGCUGUUGGAUUACAUUUGAAACACAUUCAGCAGUGAGUUCCUGGCUUGCGAAGUUGUUGCCGGAAAUUUAUGUGUUUUUUGGCUUUGUAAAGGAGAACCAGCUAGUACCUCUGGCUUUGUUUGCUAAAUCAAGCGUGUGGAGCAUUGGCAAUCUGCUGUAAAAGUUGUUUCUCAAAUGCUACAAUAAAAAUUAAUCGAGCUGAUCA